AUGCAUCAGAUUGAACGGCUCGAAGUGACUCCACCGUCUUCACGACCAACGCGCUUUCUCAGUUUCCCUUCGAAUAUCGACCGGCCACCUCCAUGUCAUAUGACGAAAAAUAGUCUAGCCAUCUCUAAGAAAAAGGCGCUUUCUGCACUCAACGCCGAGCCUCGGACUCCAUCUUCUUCUCAACUACUGCCCUGA